UCCGCACAGUCGACACAAAAUCAGAGCGACGACUCACACACUUUGGACGACAUGCUCGCUGUCAAGUGAGGACCAGGGAGCUGAGAGUCUUACGAUUUUUCGAUCUUGUUUUGAUAACCAGACCAGCAACGUCACCGUUUUAUAACAAUCUUCCUCCUCCUCAUCAUCAUCUCAAAGGCAGAACCAUGAAAAAGGGAAAGCAGGUCAAGACUGACAAUGAACCACCGUCAUAUCAGGAAGCGACUGCGGGCUAUGAGGAGAUGCAGGCCCAGUUUUCCUGGGAUGACCAGACCAUCAGGCAGACUUUCAUCAGGAAGGUCUAUGCCAUUCUCAUGGUCCAGCUCUUAGUGACCGUGGCAAUAGUUGCCCUCUUCACAUUUUGCGCACCUGUAAGGUUCUUCAUUCAGACUCAUCCUAGCUUGUACAUGGCAUCUUACCUCAUGUUCUUCGCCACUUACAUCGCUCUGUCCUGCUGUGGGGACUUGAGGAGGCAGGUUCCUUGGAACAUCAUUUUGUUAGUUCUCUUUACUUUAAGCAUGGCCUUCAUGAUGGGAUUUGUGUCGAGCUUUUACAACACCAAAUCAGUGGUUCUGUGUUUGGGAAUCACCUCCCUCGUGUGCUUUUCUGUAACCGUCUUCAGCUUCCAAAGCAAGAUUGACGUGACUUCCUGUCAGGGCGUCCUGUUUUCGUUGUGUAUGGUCAUGUUGCUGUGCGCCAUAACCCUCUCAGUCGUCGUCCCCUUUGGAUAUGUCCCCUGGUUACAUGCCAUAUAUGCAGUCUUAGGAGCCAUCCUCUUCACUCUGUUCCUGGCAUUCGACACUCAAAUGCUGUUGGGGAACAAGCGCUUCAGCAUCAGUCCAGAAGAAUAUGUGUUUGCCACACUCAGCAUCUACCUGGACAUCAUCUACCUGUUUAGCUUCCUGUUACAGAUCAUGGGAGGAGGUCGUGACUGAAGCGCUUCCUCGUAUCCACGCAUUGUUUAGGUCUGCUGAACUCUCCUUCAAGUCAACAGGAAUUUAUCAAACGUAAAAAAAAUGAAAUCACCACAUUUUACCUUUGUAAGUUGUCAGCCUUGUGAGUGAGUGUGUGUGCACAUUGUGUGACUAUUUGACUUGUGUAAUUUGUGACAUAAUAGCUGACUCUAAUACUCCUCUGGUUGGAUAGGAUAAGGUAUUAUAGUCAUCUGUGAUGAGCUCUCCUUAAAUUCCAAAAGUAUAGUAUCCAGUGAGGGCUAAAGUAAGUUAACAGUGAACAUCUCGCAAGUUUGGCAGGGUUGCGUUAUUGUUCAUGACCACUUAUUCUGUGCAGAAUGUGUUAUACCUGUUUUGGCUUUUAACAUUUACUGUGUUUCAUUCAUGAAGAGCAAAUGUGUUGUAGGAACAUACAUAACAUAAACGUAACGCCAAUCAUAGUUGAUGAUGUCAUGAGGAUGUACAGUGGUGUGAAAAAGUAUUGGCCCCCUUCUCAAAUUCUUAGAUUUUUGCAUAGUUUCUCCCCUUUAAGAUCAUCAAACAAAUGUAAAUAUCAGACAAAUAUAACCAAGUGAAAAAUGCUGUUUUAAAAUUAUUUCUUUUAUUAAGGAAAAAAAAAAGCUAUUCAAAGUUACCUGGCCCUAUGUGAAAAAGUAAUUGCCCCCUUGUUAAAUCAUGAAUUAAUUGUGGCUAAUCACUCUUUUUGGUUAAUUUUCACUUAUGACACCCAAGCCUGGUUACCUCCAGACACGUUCAAUCAAGAAAUCACUUAAACAGAAUCUGUCCCGACAAGUCAGAUCUAAAAAAGCUGCAACAAAAUGACACAAUCCAAAGAAAUGUCAGAACAGUCGAGAAAUAGAAUUUGACAUCAGUCUGGAAAGGGUUACAAAAACCAUUUCUAAAGCGUUAGGAUUCCAGCGAACCACAGGGAGAGCCAUUAUCCUCACAUGGAGAAAACAUGGAGCAUUGGUGAACCUUCCCAGGAGUAGCCGGCCUACAAAGAUUACCCCAAGGGAACAGCAAUGACUCAUCCAGGAGGCCACAAAGGAACUCAGGACGACAUCUAAAGAAUUGCAGGCCUCCCUUUCCUCAGUUAAGGUCAGUGCUCAUGACACAGCAAUAAGGAAGAGACUGGGCAAAAAUGGCAUCCAUGGCAGAGUUCCAAGGUGAAAACCACUGCUGACCAAAAAGAACAUAAGGGAUCGACUUACUUCUGCAAAAAAAAAAAAACAUCUGAAUGAUUCCCAAGAC